CGUGUUUAUGAAAAGUGAAACGCAAGUCGUUUUGUCGAUACUGUACUCAACUACUUAUUAUGUGACGGCUUGUGUUAUGGUGCGGAUGAGGUGUUUGAUAAAUUGGGUUUGAGAAGAGGAAGAAGCAUAGAUAUUGGAAGGCAUGAAUAAUCUAAGGCCAUUGGUUAGGAUGGCUGCAGUUAUCGUUGGUGGAGUAGCUACUAUGAACUUGGCUUCUACUGCUACCAUCAAAGCCCUUCGGUUUGCAUCCGAGAAGAAACGGGAAAAAGUUGGGUUGCCGUGUAGGGCUUGUAGAGGGAAGGGGUUUUAUAUAUGCAAACUGUGCAAUGGGAACGCCACCAUAGCUUGGUCUCCAAUGUUUGACCCUAUUGCAAUUAACCCCUGCGUUUGUCCCACUUGCGAAGGAAACAGGGUUCAACGCUGUCUGAAUUGUCUGGGAAAAGGCUAUGAAUGACCUAUUAAGAGAUAGAUAGUGCUGCAUUUAUUUUGUUCUUUAGAAUAUGAUGAUUGUGCUAGCGACUUGUUCAAUUGUAUUUUACUGCAUCUGAGAGCUUGCACAUCUUCGCCAUUUGCUCUUUCGAUUGAAUUGCCUUCCUAGUAAUAGAAUAAGAGCUAAGCAAUAUUUAUGUAAUAAAUCUCCGCUUGCAAAAAUCAGUGGAGAAAGAUGUCAUCUUUUUUUAAUGUGGUUAGUGCUGCAAUGCAAUGACAUCAUGUCAAUCACCUGUAGCAAAUGAGGCGGUGCUGCUGAUGAACUUUAAACUUACUUUGCCUAUUAAAGUGGCUAAGUUUCAUUAUAAGCUUAAAAAUAUAACUUGGUGAAUUAUUUAUUAUCUUCUUCA